UCCGACGGCAGAUCAGUUACAAUAGCUGGUGUAAACACAGUUUUUAUGCGCUCCCUUUAACAUAAAUGUCGUAUAUUCUAUAUCUAUGUUGACUGUAUCUAUUGAACAAAAUGCGUUGUGAGAUCCCAGUACUAAGAAGAUGCUGCUUCUGUAUACCUCUUAGAAUAGGAUUGCUAGUUGCGGGAUACGUUAAGUUGGUCCUGAGUCUGUUGUCUUUCAUCUAUUUACUAAUGACAUUAUAUGCAAUAAUAUAUCACAGAGUGGUCAGAGACCAUGAAGCUUUUGUGACUAUCCUAAUUUUUACCAUGUUGAAUAGUUUAGUGGAUGUUGUUUUUCACACUGUAUUUAUUAUUGGGGCGCACAAGAAAAACCACAGAAUGAUAAGAAUGUACAACAGAUACAGUGUCUAUAAUAUUAUAGCUGUAACAGCAUUUUUUUCCGUUAAUAUGGCGAUUUACAUGAACAUAUUUGUUUUUUUUUUCCUUUUGAAAUAUGUGAUAUUUAUAUUUCUGACAUUCAUAUGGACUAUAUUGCUUCAACUGUAUCUCAUGGUGCUGGUACGAAGUGAAGUUCUGAAGCUGAAAAACAACGCGCAGUUUCAGUUCGUGAAUAAUGAAGCGGAGGCUCAAUGCUCCGCGACACUACAAGAAAAUAUAGCCGCAGAUAAAAAUGACAAUUUAAAUGUUAAGACUUUGCAAUAAAUUAUUUUAUAUUUCAGUCCAAAGCGUUCCUAUAACGUAAUUAAACCGGACAAUUUCGUUAUAGUCUUUUCAACUCGAAAUUAUUUACGAGGUGUAAGUAUACGGUAUUGCACAGGCGAUAACUGAAAACAUAUUAAAAUU